UAAUUAUUUUUAUUGUAUUAUGACCCAAAAAAACUAAAAAAAUAAAAUGGCGUUCAAGAAAACAUUACCCCAACGUAUUUUUAGUGCAUACAAAUUUAGUGCUCCAUCUCUAACAACAUGCCGUAUUGCUUCAUCAACUUUGGUGGAGGUGAAAUCUACGAUUUAUGAUAAAAUUACGACUUCGGAUCCCCGACGACGAUUCCUUCACCAAUCAUUGGCAUCCUCGUCGGAGAUCCAAAGGUCACUAAUUCCAGCGGGAGAAAAACUCCGCAAGAAGUUACAUGAGAUGGACGUUAUUACAAGAGAUAGGACAAGAUUAAUUAAUGGAACAGUACUCUUGCCUCCAUGGGCCCCACCACGACCCGAGUCCGUAGAGGAUGCGAGAAAGAUUUUAAGAUUGUCACGACUUGAGACGUUGAAAUCGAGGAUAAGGAAAAUAAAAAAAAGUUCGAUUUUAUUCGCUGAAUUUAUUGAAAUUUGUAAAGAAACAUGUAAUUUGGACGAUGAUCAAGGCAUUGAAUUUGCUAAGAGGCUUGACGAUUCUGGUGAUGUUAUUGUUUUGGGAAACAUUGUUUUUCUCCGCCCUAAUCAGGUGAUUCAAGCCAUGCAGGAAUUAAUGCCAAUGCACCAAUUAAAUCAUGAGAAAGAACGAAUGAAGGAGCUUGAAGAAAUGGAGGUGGUAAAAACAUCAAUUGACAAUAAAGCAGAAUCAUUAGUACGUAAAGAAAUGUGGUUUGGACUUGGGUGCUUUAUAGUUCAGACAACAGCUUUCAUGAGGUUCACUUUUUGGGACCUAACAUGGGAUGUUAUGGAACCAAUUUGUUUCUACGUCACAUCAGCAUAUUUCAUGGCUACUUAUUUUUUCUUUCUUAAGACAUCUAAAGAACCUUCUUUCCAAGGGUUCUUCCAAGCACGUUUUAGUACAAAGCAAAAACGACUUAUGAAACUUCAUAAUUUCAAUCUUCAGAGGUAUAAUGAGCUCCGGAGAGCUCAAUCAUCGAUUGUCAAUUAGUUGGUACCUGAAUCUCUAAUUAUGAGGUAGGCAUGGAAAUUAAAAUAGAAGAUAUAUGGAAGGAAGACACUCCAAUGUGUUUUCUUCCUUUAAGAAAUACUAUAUGUUUUAAAAUAAUUUGAGUAUGUAUCCUGUGGCGGCUAAUUAAUAGGUAUGUAAGUGAAGAGAUCACUUAGAUUUUUUUUAAAAAGUUUUCUGUCUCGGUGUUUAUUAAUGGAGUUUUUUUUUUA